CUGUCAUUACUGUCAAUGUCAAAUAGAAAAUUUGAAAAUUGCAUUUUGUUUGCGUUCGUACAUGUGAGUUAUUUUAUUUCAAAAGUUUUCUUUUAAUUUAAGGUUUUAUUAUGGAGGAAGAUAAUUCGAACAGUGUGGAAGCUGUAGAGUACAUUGAUAGUCAGGACGAGGACCCAGAUGGUGAUGAAAAACGUCCAAUAAUGCUUCUACUAAGACGUUUAAUAAGAAACAAGCAGAACACAGUUAUGACGAACGCACAAAUCAUAGAUAUAUUACAGAGCGAGUUCAAUAUUUGUGUGAAUUCGAGCCACGAGCUCGAAGUUGACAUAUACAUCAAAAUAAUUAAAAAAUACUUGAAAGAUUGGCCUCAAUGGGAAGAGUUAGAACGUAUAUCAACGAAACUCAGCCUAAUUAAAGACUUUGAAGCCGUUUCUAAAGUUUUAAACCAUAAAUAUAAAAACUUAAAGGAGUAUUUAGGCGUUAUGCUCGAAGCGGCAAAACCUUUAGCACAGGAAGCAGUAAGGAAUAUAAAUUCAAAUUCUAACCAGCCAGAGACAUCAAAAGUUGACGAAAGCAUUGAAACAAAUGAUGUUAUCAUGGAGAUCCAAUGCACACGAGAACAGUUGAACAACCUCUUUUUCAGAAAACCUCGUUUAGAUCUUAACAAUACAGUUUUUAACAUGACCGAAAUCACCCCUUCUCGGAUUAAAUUAAGGAACCUUACCUUUGACGAGAUUCUUAAGGGGUGUUGGGUGAAAAUCAUUAUAACACUGCCACAUUUUUCUUUCGUUCGUGAAUUAUCGUACAAACUUAGCCAUGUGCUAAUAAAUAAAGCACGAAAAGACCGUACCACAACUGACGUAAGUUUCUCUAGAGAUUUCGAAGUGAAUUGCGGUAACAAAUCGAAAAAUCAAAGAAUUUGUAGCAGGAAUUCCUUCUUGCAGCAAUUCUCUACAAUCUUACAAGAAAGUGCAAAACGGUACCCAGAAAUGUACGAUUUCAUACAAUCAAUCGUAGAAUUAAUAAAAAACGAACUUGACGUUAUUGACCCAUUGACCGUACCAGCCAGUUACAGGAGACAUGCAAACAAGUACAAUUAUGUACGGUACUUGUACACGGAUAAUAAUCAGAAUUCGGACACACGGUACGAUUUGCAACUAGAAGAAACUAUUACACCAGUGUACAUGUACAUUAUUGAUAAAGUUCAGAAAUCUGAUGGUAUUAUACCGCUGGUUUGGGAAUGGUUGAAAACGGAGUGUAUGGUUUGUAAGAUUAAGAUUACGGGUACAAAGUCGACAUCUUGGAAAGAAGCGUGGGAAUCACAUUUUAGUGAAAAGCAUAGCAAUGAAACUGAUUGGCAAUGUGCUCAUUGUAAACGGUUGUUCAGUAUUUCUUUUCUAGCCAAAAAUAAGUGGUACCAUGAGUGUUAAAGUUAUUAUUAUUGGAUUUGUUAUAAAAACUCAUCGAUUUAUGUUUGGUUUCUAUAAACUAUAAACAAUUUUUGCUUACAGAAAGUAACUUUUAAUGUUACCUCUAUGAGGCGUAUGUUUCGUUAACAAACAUAUUGAACUGCUUCUCUUUUUAAAAACGGGGCUUUAGAUUCAUUGAACAUUUUUUACUCUUACUAUAUUUGACCACUUAAACUUCACCUUAUCUGCUUAUAGUCAGAAGACUGGUAGCAUGAUUGCAAUGGAAAAAAAAAAAGUAUAUUUGACUGCCAGUUAUAUUAGAAAGUCUGGGUUAGUACCAGAGGUACCCGAAGCUGACUUUAUCUUUGUCAAUGUAAAAGAAAUCAGGUCACUACAUGAAGAAAACCUUGGAGUUUGAGUUCCUCUGAUACUGGUACUGUUACUGCCUUUUUAUCGUCCCACUGCUGGGCUGCAGCCUCCUCUCACACGGAGAAGGAUUGAGCAUUAAUCACCACGCUUUCUCAAUGCGGGUUGGUGAUUUCAGACUAUUUAAGUCCAGGUUUCCUCAAGAUGUUUUCCUUCACCUUUUUACCAGCCAUUGGUGUCUAAGAUAUACUUAGAAAGUGCAUACAAACUUAGAAAAGUGGCAUUCCUCUGGUACUAACUUUCCCUAAAUAUUUAUGUUUAAGGGAUGUACGCAAAAGUAUUUUAGUCUAUUAGAGAUUUGAGAGACAUUCGGAUAGAUGUGACAUUGUGAAUAAUCUUUAUUUUUGUUAUUAUAAGUAAUACUGUAAGUAUGAAGACUUAUGUACAAUAAUGAAGAAUUUAAUUAAUAGAUAUUUAAUAAAAUUUUGUAUAAAAUA